UGAGAUUGAUGAAUCGAGAGUUGAAUUGCAACAAUUGAACAAUGGCGUCACAAGCUUCAAGCAGCGCCGAGCCGGCAUUCGAUCCCAAGUCCUCCUCGGACUACCUCCAGUUCCCGUGUCUUCCUCCGGGGGGUGCGUUGAAUCGCUGGUCGCGACGGAUUACCAAGGACCAUGACUUUCCUGGAGCACAGGCCAUGCUGUACGGCGCAGGUGUGCCGGAUAAGGAGACGAUGAAGACGGCGCCGCAGGUGGGCAUUGCGAGUGUUUGGUGGGAGGGAAAUCCAUGCAACACACAUUUGCUCGAAUUCGGCCAAAUCGUCAAGCGAGCUGUCGAAAAGCAGGGCAUGCUCGGCUGGCAGUUCAACACCGUCGGUGUCUCUGACGCCAUCACCAUGGGCGGCGACGGCAUGCGAUUCUCCCUUCAGACCCGUGAGAUUAUUGCCGACUCUAUCGAAUCUGUCACCUGUGCCCAGCACCACGAUGCGAAUAUCUCGAUUCCGGGAUGUGAUAAGAAUAUGCCCGGUGUCGUCAUGGCUGCUGCGCGCCACAACAGGCCGUUCAUCAUGAUCUAUGGAGGAACCAUUCGCAAGGGCCACUCCAACCUACUGGAGAGGCAGAUCAACAUCUCCAGCUGCUACGAGGCUUCCGGUGCCUACCACUACGGCUCCCUCAAGGCCAAGACCAACCCCGAUGCCCCUGGACGCACCAGCUCGGACGUCAUGGACGAUAUUGAGCGUCACGCUUGUCCUGGAGCUGGAGCCUGUGGCGGCAUGUACACUGCCAACACCAUGGCCACGGCCAUUGAAGCCAUGGGCCUGACCCUGCCCGGCUCAUCCUCAUAUCCUGCCGUUUCGCCUGAGAAGUCGCGUGAGUGCGAGCGUGCCGCGGAAGUCAUCAAGGUUACCAUGGAGAAGGAUAUCCGCCCACGCGAUCUCAUGACCCGUGCUGCCUUUGAAAACGCCCUUGUGCUGACCAUGAUUCUGGGUGGCUCGACAAACGGCGUGCUGCACUUCCUGGCCAUGGCAAACACGGCCGACGUGCCCCUGACCAUCGACGACAUCCAGCGCACCAGCGACCGCACACCUUUCUUGGCUGAUAUUGCACCUAGCGGAAAGUACCUCAUGGAGGACUUGUACAAGGUUGGCGGUACUCCCUCAGUACUCAAGAUGCUUAUCGCAAAGGGCCUCAUCGACGGAUCCAUCAUGACCGUCACCGGCAAGACGCUCGCCGAGAACGUCGCCGACUGGCCUUCUCUCGACCCCGGCCAGCAAAUCAUCCGCCCCCUGGAAGACCCCAUCAAGUCCAGCGGCCACAUCCGCAUUCUCAAGGGCAACUUUGCCCCUGGCGGCGCCGUCGCUAAAAUCACCGGCAAGGAGGGCCUCUCGUUCACCGGAAAGGCCCGCGUCUUCAACAAAGAGCACGAGCUCGACGCUGCGCUGAUUGCGGGCCAGAUCCGCCGCGAGGACGGCAACCUGGUACUCAUUGUGCGGUACGAAGGACCCAAGGGCGGACCGGGCAUGCCGGAGCAGCUGCGGGCCUCGGCUAUUAUCAUGGGUGCGGGAUUGAGCAAUGUUGCGCUCGUGACGGAUGGUCGGUAUAGCGGUGCUUCUCACGGAUUCAUCGUAGGCCACGUUGUUCCUGAAGCGGCGGUGGGAGGACCGAUUGCGCUGGUCAAGGACGGAGACGAGGUGACGAUUGACGCCGUCACCAACAGAAUCGAUGUUGCUAUUUCAGACGAGGAGAUGGAGGACAGAAGGAAGAAGUGGACACCGCCUGAGCUGCCGGUCAAGAGAGGAGUGUUGGCAAAGUAUGCUCGACUGGUGGGAGAUGCGAGCCACGGAGCUGUGACGGACGGAUGGUGAAGAUGCCAUUUGUCGAUUCUCUCAUGAUGGAAUGAAUACAAUGAUAAAUCGU